AUUUUUGAGCUGCUUCGGCUCCUGUAGUCCCCGGGUACAGUAGAGGCCUGCCUCAGUAAUGGCCUCCCUAUGGAGUCCUUCUGGGUAGAGCUGGGCAUCGCUGUCUUCCUUUUCAUCUUGCUCCUGCUCCUUGUUACGCGGUUCUUUUCGACGAAGCGAGCGCAUGUCCCGCGUAAUACUGCCGUCAGCCUCCUAGUGGUGGCCGGUUCUGGAGGGCACACUACAGAAAUCUUGAGGUUACUUAGUAGUCUCUCCCAGACAUACUCUCCGAGACAUUAUGUUUUGGCUGAUUCAGACAAGAUGAGUGAAGAAAAAAUCUGUACUUUUGAACAAAAAAGAGCUGAAACAUUCUCCAAUUCCUUGUUCACCCUCCAUCGCAUUCCCAGAAGUCGGGAGGUCCGUCAGUUGUGGAGCUCCUCCGUGCUGACAACUGUGCGUUCCAUGUUUUACUCUCUCCCUUUGACCUUCAGACUCAAGCCAGAUUUGGUUUUGUGCAAUGGCCCAGGCACAUGUGUUCCCAUAUGUGUAUCUGCUCUUCUGCUCAGGAUGCUGGGGCUAAAGAGUGUCAUCAUUGUGUAUGUCGAGAGCAUCUGCCGUGUGGAAAACUUGUCUCUGUCUGGAAAGAUCCUGUACCGCUUUUCAGAUUAUUUCAUUGUUCAGUGGCCUGCACUGAAAGAAAAAUAUCCCAAGUCUCUCUAUCUUGGGCGAAUAGUGUGACAAGAAAGGACAAGCUCAACUAGCGCUAGUACCAACUCUGGGUUUCCUUUGCCAAUAUUACCUUUGAACUUCUUUCCAACAGUUCCUUCAUAAGUUUACCCAAGUCUAGCAAGACUUUUUAGUGGAUUCCUAAAAAUAAAAUGGACUGUAUGUGUGUGCCAUCCAGGAUCACAUAGCUGACACCCUAGGGGUUACACUCCUGUUGCAGUUGCCAUCAGGAAUCUCCCCUAACUCUGCUAUGUCCCAUUGGUUUCCGGGAGUGUUCCCUUUGACCCUGUGCUCGCUAAAACAGCCCCUCUCUCAUGGGUCAGGGAAAAAGGUAAAUGGAGUAAUAAGAAAUAUUGGUGUGUGCAAAAUGGCAUGGCAGAGAGGAUCCCUAUUUUGUAGUGUCCGUCUAAGUGCAUGGCACUGUACAGAGUAGGAUAAAAAGCUUGUAUUUAUUUCAUUUCUUUUAUUUUUUCCUUCCUGCUCCCUCCCCCAUCAACUAUAAAAGAUGGAAAUGAUGUUUGAUGUGGACUUGCCCUUAAGGUAUCACCGAGGAAUAAUGGAAUUAGGGCUGGUGCCUGGCCAUCAACUAAUUCCCUGAUCAGGAAAAAAAAAGUUUUCUUCACAUACUGUUACAAGUUUUUCUCCCGUCAUGAAGGGGAUGUUGGUUGGUUCUACACCAUGAAGUCCAAUUGAGAUGCUACUUAAAUUAUUUGCACACAGUUUCUCCCUGGCUUGUCCUCUGUAACCCCCUUAUAGUGUAAGACUAUGUGGCAGGUUGCGGUUCUGCAUUCUCACUUCAAAGGCCAUUCAAGGGCAAUGGCUGUAGAGCCAUAGUGGCACAGAGAGGUUGCUUAAUCAUGUCCCUUAAAUUCUAAGAAACAAAAUCUUGUUCUAAUCCAACAGCCCUUGUUUCCUGUAUGCACGCAGUGAAAUCCCUGGUGAAUAUUUUGAGCAUAAAGGAAACAGUCGCAUUAAUUUGGCUUCAGGACAGCUUUCAUUCUGUAGCCUUUCCAAAACCCCCAAACAUUAAAUCCAGUAUCAUUUUUCCUUUUGGCCUGUCGAAGUUGGCCCUGUGAUCUAAAGUGCGCUUUCUAAAGCAUUGUGUUUAAUUGUUAAGAUAAAUAAAAAGGUAGCAGAUGUCACAAAUAGAUGAAGCAUUUGUGCAGGAGGGAGACAGAUUUUCCAAGCCGAGCAUUAAAUCUUUUAACAGUGUUGAAUUACAGAGAGGAAACUGUCAUUAGAAAGCAGUGAGACUCUUUAGCACACUUUGCAGCCCCUUGUGUGAAUACUUAAAUGAGCAUUAAUGAUGCCAACAAGAAAAGAAAAAUACCACUUUCUCAGUGAACUUAAGUAUGCUUAGAUUUUGUAUGUUUAAAAGUUCAGGACACAUUGAGAUAGCACAUGAAGCUGCCCCCCUCCCCAAUAGGAAAUGGCAUUUUCUUUCCAACGCUAUUGGAAAAUAAAUACUGUGGGAGGCUGAA